AUGAUCCUCAGAAGCUUGACUCAACAGCCCCAGGUCCCAUAUAACUCUACAAUUCCUGAAGCCAACGCGAUGAAGAUCACCACUCUCACCUUCCCUGUCCUCGCCAGCCUUGCUAGAGCCAGCCCUGUCGAGCCGCGACAGUCUUGCCCGCAGGUUCACAUCUUCGGCGCGCGCGAGACAACCGUUUCGCAAGCCAACGGCUACGGCACAACUGCGGGGCUCGUCAACAUGGUUAAGCAAGCCUUCCCUGGGGCGACCAGCGAAGCCAUCGUUUACCCGGCCUGUGGCGGACAAGCGUCAUGUGGCGGAAUUAGCUACGACCAGUCACAAUGGCAGGGCGCUGAGGCUGUUGUCAGGGCUGUGACGGACUUCAACCGGCGGUGCCCUGACACGAAGAUUGUGCUCAUCGGCUACUCGCAAGGCGGGCAGAUCUUUGACAAUGCGCUGUGUGGAGGUGCUGGGUCGACAUUGUCUGGCUCAGCGCUGCAGGCUGUUAAGGCGGCUAUUCUCAUGGGUGACCCGCGUUAUGUCGCUGGGUUGUCGUACAAUGUUGGAACUUGCCAGGCUCAAGGGUUCGCUGCUCGCCCACGUGGCUUCCAGUGCUCGCCAGCAGACCCAUCCAUCAUCCAGUCGUACUGCGACUCGACCGAUCCGUACUGCUGCAACGGCUACGACGCCAACUCGCAUCAGCAAUACGUCAAUAAGUACGGCCAGCAAGCUUUAGAGUUCAUUAAGAGGAAGUUGAAUGCCUGA